AUUGAAAAUAGACUGAAAUAAUGAGAGCCGUCUCGUUUUUAAGUGAUGGUUACAAAAUCGAAAUUGGAAAAUUAAAAAAAAAAAAAAGGAAGCUGCGAUGGCUGCUACAGUGCUCGGCCAUUUCAGUCCAAUUACAUCGUCCCGAAGUCCACCGUCUCGCCACCGGAGAUUCCUACACCACAAUUUAUUCCCUAAAAUACCCCUUCCUUCUUCUCUUAUCAAAUUCGGCGCCGAGAACUCCGAACCCCAACCUCCACCGCCGUUGCCGGAGACCGAUUGUCCCGUUCCGCCGGAACAGCAGCCAAUCAACGAGUAUCAAUCUCUCUCUACCUCUUUCCCUUUUUCCUGGGCUUCAGGAGAUCUAGUCGAGUACUCUACAAGACUCUUCUUCACCGGCGCUUCUUUCGCAUUUUUCGUCGGAUUACCCGUUUCCUGGUUCGGAUCCGUCGGACCCGAAUACGAACCCGUUAAGAGGAUUCUCGCCGCCAGCUCUAGUGGGAUCUUCGUUGUUACGCUUGCUGUCGUAAGGAUGUAUCUUGGUUGGGCUUAUGUCGGUAAUCGUCUUCUUAGCGCCACCGUCGAGUAUGAAGAAACUGGGUGGUAUGAUGGUCAGGUAUGGGUGAAAACACCUGAAGUCUUGUCGCGAGACCGUCUUCUUGGAUCUUUCUCGGUAAAACCAGUCCUUGCCAGAUUGAAAAACACGCUAGUUAUUCUCGGAUUAUCGCUCAUUCUUGUCAUAAACCUUGGUGAUUCUCCAAUUGCAACUUCUUAUAGAACAUAUAAGGAUCCUAGGGACAGAUCCUCCCUGCCAAUCCCAGGAGCUUACAAUGAUGAAACCGCAAGAACGUUCGAACCAGAUGCUUUCUGCGGUGAACCGUCUUCCGAUCUUCUUUAAAGUCUUUUCAUCACAACGCAAAGACAGAUAGUUCCUGAUAGUAAAUAUAUCUGUACAUUCUUGUAUAUUUCGUUAAAUUGGAUGUCAAGGACAAAACCAAUCUUAAUGAAUCGAAAAACUCAUCACUAGGUUUCAAAUCUAGCCCUUAUCAUUCGGACUCGAA